UCAGUACUUUCUCGGUGUAUGUGUAUACUUGCUAUUGAACGUGGAAUACGUUACUAGCUAGUGAUUAAAUUUCUAGUGACAUAGAGGUUGGAGCGUUGCAGGAGACGCAACAGAGAGAGAGAGAGAGAGAGAAUGGCAUCGCGCAAUCAGUGAGGGAGUCUCGGCAUCGGUCCGUGGGCGUCAUCAUGGUGUGUGGGCCGAAGCGUUUUUGAGAGAGACGAGUUUGUUUUCAAUCGAUGGGACACAGGCAUUUUUAUUGUUACUGUAAUGCUCUCGCGAGGAAUGUCGUCGUUGUUCAGCGAACAGCUAUGGGGAAAAUCGUCGGCGCGCGAUGUACAGUUACGAAAUAAAUUUUAAGCGGAAGGAUACGACGGUGCGUACGAUGUCGAGUACGAGGCAAGUUUCUCUUGAGCCUCGACUUGCGCAGAGAUACAAAUGGAUGACUGUUGCAUUAUCGGUGUUGCUCGCAGCCUCGCCGAACUUUACGAAAGCCGACGGGAUAAUGUACGAUAUCGCGAAGGAUAAUCAGUGUCCUGUCGAGUGUUCGUGCCUUGGGAACGUGGUUGACUGCAGUAGCUUGCAAUUGAUCGGGGCACCCAGCGAACUACCACCAUGGACAGAGAUCUUAGAGUUGAGGGAGAACAACAUCGCUAGCUUGGAGCCUGAUGUAUUAUUACAUUUAACUAAACUAAAGGAAUUGGAUCUUAGUGCCAACAAGCUUGGAGAUAAUUUUACAAUUGUUCUAUCAAAAGAUGCAUAUUUACAAGGGCUUAAAAUAAAUAAAAAUCAAUUAACAGAAGUGCCAGAUAUGUUCUUUGUCAAGAAUAUAACGCACCUUGCGUUAGCCCAUAAUUUAAUUACCGAUAUAAAUGGGACUGCUUUACUCACGCUGCAACGACUACAAAAUUUGGACAUUAGUGGGAAUAAAAUAAACGUUAUUCGAAACGGGUCUUUUCUUGCACCAAAUUGCCUUACACAUUUAAACUUAAACAUGAAUCAAAUAAGGAUAAUUGAAAAUGGAAGUUUAGGUAAUCUAACAUACUUGGAGGAAUUACGUUUGAAUAAAAAUCACUUGACUCAACUGAAAGAUCUUUUUACGAAUUUGAAAAAAUUGCGUAUAUUAGAAGUAAAUAGAAACGAAUUGCAAAUAAUUCAAGGCCUUAGCCUUACAGGCUUAAAAAAUUUGAAAGAAUUGCGUUUAAAGAGAAAUAAGAUUGAAACGCUACAUGAUGGUGCCUUUUGGCCACUUGGAAAUUUAACGAUUCUACAACUUGACUUUAACUUGUUGACCACAGUGAGAAAAGGUGGUCUUUUUGGCUUAGAGCAUUUACAAAAGUUCACAUUAUCACACAAUCGAAUACACACCAUUGAAAUGCAAGCAUGGGACAGAUGCAAAGAGAUCGUAGAGUUAGAUUUAUCACACAACGAAAUGACGAGUAUUGAAAGAGAUACUUUCGAAUUUUUGGAAAAACUGGAAAAACUCAAACUGGAUCACAAUCAAAUCAUUUAUAUUUCAGAUGGUGCAUUUUCUUUUACUCCUAAUUUGCAAAUAUUGGAAUUGAACUUCAAUAAAAUUUCAUAUAUGGUGGAAGAUAUUAACAGUGCCUUCAGUUCACUUGGACAAUUAUGGAAACUAGGAUUAGCACACAAUAAAAUAAAAUCGGUAAACAAGAAUGUCUUUACUGGAUUAAAUAGUGUAACUGAACUCGAUUUAAGUGGGAACAAUGUAACGAGUAUCCAGGAAAAUGCAUUCAUUUCAAUGACUAGUCUAACGAGAUUGAGAAUGAAUACAAAAGCUUUAGUUUGUGAUUGUGGCUUGCAAUGGUUAAGUAUGUGGUUACGUGAACACAGCUACAGUGACACGGAAGUUUAUUGCGGAUUUCCACAUUGGCUACAAGGAAUGUCGUUGAUUCAACUUCAUCAUAAAAAUUUUACAUGUGACGAAUAUCCAAAACCAAGGAUUACCGAAGAACCUAAAAGUCAAAUGGGCGUUAAAGGCAAUAACGUAACGCUAGUUUGUCGAGCAACGAGUACUGCCAGUGCGCCAUUACAUUUUACCUGGAAGCAUGGUAACGUUGAAAUGAAUGAUACCAGUCUACAAAUAAACACCUCUGUAGAGAACGGUGUAACAGUGGCAACUUCUAUUUUACAUCUUGUUAAUGUUACUAAUGAAAAUGCUGGAAAAUAUCAGUGUAUGGUGUCCAACACUUAUGGGACGACAUAUUCUACUAAAGCAAAAUUAAACAUUAUAAUUUAUCCAUCUUUUUCAAAAAUUCCACACGACAUACGUAUAGCCGCUGGCAACACUGCUCGACUCGAGUGUUCGGCGGAAGGGCAACCAUCGCCGCAAAUAGCGUGGCAAAAAGAUGGUGGUAACGACUUCCCAGCGGCAAGAGAAAGACGAAUGCACAUGAUGCCUACUGACGAUGUACUGUUCAUCGUCGAUGUGAAAACUGCCGAUAGCGGCGUUUACUCGUGCACUGCGCAAAAUCUUGCCGGUAAAAUCAUUGCGAAUGCUACUCUUACGAUACUGGAAACACCGUCAUUCGUAAAACCAAUGGAAAAUAAACAAGUGACAGUUGGUGGUUCGAUUGUAUUGGAGUGCAUGGCAAGUGGUAUGCCCAGACCAAAACUAUCCUGGCGCAAGAAUGGAGAUGCUCUGCAAGCGACUGAACGGCAUUUCUUUACAGCCGAAGAUCAGUUGCUGAUAAUUGUCGACACUAAAAUUAGCGAUGCUGGUAGCUAUGAGUGCGAAAUGAGCAAUUCAUUGGGUAGUGUCGUUGGUGAAUCCCAUCUUACAGUCAAACCAGAAAUACUGCGUGUUGCAGCUCCUAGUCCUAACGAGGACGAUAUAUUAGGUUUGAUAAUAAUCACUGUUGUAUGCUGCGCUGUUGGCACGUCCGUAGUAUGGGUGGUUAUAAUUUAUCAAACUAGAAGACGAUUGAACGCUGUUGCACAGACCACAAAUUCACAACCAUCGUCAGCUAUAGCAGCUACAGUCGCAGACACGCAAACACACAUAUAUUUGGAAACGAGUUCUCAGCAUAGCAAAGACAGCGGUACAGGAGACAGUACCAAUCCUAGUAGCGAUCAGUUACAAUUAUGUUUACCCGAAGAGAUCGUUACGUGUUCAGUGAACAACGAGGAGGAAACGAAUGCAGUGAUUGGGGCACCAUUGCUACGGUACACGAACCACGAACGACAUAUUCGGGAGAAUAAAGACUGCGCUGUUUAAAGAAAUGGAAAUUUUAAGUAAUGCCUCUCUUAUGAUCGUUUCAUCGUAGCCCGUGCACGAACGUUUUCCUUUACUGCGUGCAAGAGAACAAUUGAAAAAUCGUGCGCGAUCAAACGUUGUUUGAACCAUUUGAUAACAAAUUACGGUACAGCAAUUUGUUAAUUUGUGACUCAUGAACAUUAAUUAAGUCGUGAUGUGUACGAUAGAUGUGCGAUGAAAGUACAAGCGGCAACGAUCUCGAUCAUUGCCGCAUUUAUUACAAAAACAUUUGUUAAAGCAGCGAUACGUAAACUAGAAAGUACUAAUUCUAAAUAUUUGACGUAAGAAUUGGUAAGAAGGUGUGUGACGUCGAGAGAAGAGUAAGGUAACACGAAUACUUUGCAACACCGGGAAUUACCAUAACCCGCAAAAGCCACUUAUAUUAUAGAUCGUCUUUUGUGAUAGAUAUUUAUUUUUAGGAUUACUUAAUUACUAUUAGGCAACGUUUAUAUUUAUAAUGUCUCAUGACACAAGUUUGCCUCGAGCGGAAAACAAAAAGAAAAAAAAAAUAGAAAAAAAGAAAAAAUCAGACGGAAUGAGAAAGAGAAACGUAUACGUACACAAAUCUACGCACACGUAUUUUACAUAUGUAAACAAAUGUUAAUUGCGCGAGCGAGCGGGUGUAUAUAUAUAUAUAUAUAUAUAUAUAUAUAUAUAUACAUAUGUGCGUGUGUGUGUGCGCGUGUGUGUAUGUGUACAAUUGUUGCGCACCAAAGUGCUGAUAUAGACACUUGAUAAUUUGUCUUCCUCUUUAUUUUUUAUUUAUAGUUAAUCGCUACGUUACACCUAGAUAAACAGUUCGAAAUAAUUUAAUCAGCUAAUAACGAUUGCUCAUCACCAGAUAGAGAUAUCAGUACCAAUUUUCAAGUAUCUGUCUGUGUAUUAUUAUCGCUUGGAGUCAGUGAUUUCCCUUUACUAUUUAAUUUACUAAAACUUGUAGCGUCCAUUCGUGUGCGAAGAAUAGCGUAUUAGUUGGAGUGAGUUUGUUGAUUCGCAAGUGUCGAGCGUCGUUUUAAUCGAGAAGGAAUUAAUACGAAGAAACAUUUCUUUCCUUUUUCUUUUUUAUUUUUUUAAAUCAAUACUCCGGUUUUUUGUGCAUUUCAUUAGAAAAUUUGAACACAAGUAGAAUUAGUGAGCAUAAGUUGAACAUUAGUUGAGCGAUCUAGCGACGAAACGACAGCCUUAUUGUG